AUGGCUUCCUCGCUUGAAAAUGAGGUCCAUCUCCCUCUUAUUGACAUUUCUGAAUUUCAGUUGGAGUUAGAAAGAGGAGGACCAAACAAUCUACAAAACCAUUACAGCGUCGCAAGCGUUAGAGAAGCUUGCAAAGAAUGGGGAAUUUUCCGCCUUGUAAACCACAGCAUUCCACAAAAUCUGCUACAACAGAUUGAAUCUGUUUCUCAUCAAUUCUUUUCCGUGCCAGCAGAAACUAAAGAAAGGGCCGCUGCAUGCAACACAAACAAUGGAUAUACUAAGUUUGCAACGAACGAGAUAGUUUGCUUCAGUGACUUACCCAACUCGAAUUCAGUGCCGGGGGUCUGUGAAAGGAUAUGGCCACUUCCGGAUGAGGAAACGGCAACAACAUGCCGCGAGACAGUUGGAACAUAUGCCUCAGCGCUGUUAGAUCUCGCCCAAACAACCACCAAAAUCAUUCUUGCAAGCUUGGGUUUGGACGUGGACACGUUCUACCAUUCCGAUUUUGAGAAAAACACAGGUAACCUUGUUCUAAACCACUAUUCAUGUGAUGGAAGAAUAUCUCUAGAGGAGGCAGCUAUGGUGCCUCAUACAGAUCCGUGUUGUUUUACAAUCCUUUACCAAGCCAAUCAAGGGGGUCUACAGAUUAGAUCCAAGGAAGGGAAGUGGUUGAAUGUGAAGCCUCUGCCCAAUUCAUUUGUUGUCUUUAUAGCUGACUCCCUUAAGGUAUGGACAAAUGGAAUCUAUUGUAGUGCGGAUCAUCGAGUUGUUUACAGUGGAUGGAAAGAUCGAAUAUCGGUGGCCCUCUUAAUUUACUUUCCUCAUGAGAAGGAAAUAUGGGCUCCAGGGGAGCUUGUGGAUGGCGAUCAGAAGCGGCUGUACAGACCUUUCACUUUUACCCAGAUGCUAGAGGAAUUUGUGAAGAGUUGGGCGUCUACCGAACAAAAAUCUACUUUCAUUGAUCGAUUUGCUGGUUUGUAG